AUAAGGAUGAAGGUAUAUAAAAUUAGCUUUUUGUAUGCUUUUUCCAUCAAUGUUUAUAAUAUAUAUCUGUCCAAAUGACAUAGUAUAUCGAGAUUCCAAAAUUUUAUUGGGCAACGCAAACCAUCUAACUAUGUAAACCAAAUUCUAGAGCAACCAACACGUUGUAACUAACGAAUGGCUACCCCAAAGAUACCAACAGUUGAUUUGACUCCAUUCUUUAGAGAAGGAUAUGAUGAUGAAAAGAGAAAAAUUGUAGAUUCCAUUACUAAAGCUUGUUCUGAUUAUGGCUUCUUCCAAGUUGUAAAUCAUGGUGUACCCCUUGAUCUCACUAGUCAAGCUCUGAAGUUGGCCAAAACUUUCUUUGAGUCUCCAACUGAAGCCAAACUCAAAUAUUGUCCACUGCCUAAUGCACCUGUUCCUGCAGGCUAUAACAAGAAGCCUAAUCCUUCUUAUGAGUUCAAUGAAUAUCUCAUCAUGCUUCCACCUGGUUCAGAUUUUAACAUCUUCCCGGACAAUCAUCCGCUAUUUCGUUUCAGAGAGGUGAUGGAAGAGUUAUUCUCCCAAUUCUUGAAGAUAGGGAUGGUUGUCGAGAGAGUGUUGAGCGAGUGCCUGGGGCUUCCUCCCUGUGUUCUUAAAGAAUUCAAUAAUGACAGAAGCUGGGAUUUCCUCAUUGCUUUAUUUUACUUGCCGGCAACAGAAAAGGAAAGGAUAGGUGCAAGUUCACAUAAAGAUGUCAGUUGCUUCACAAUUGUGUUACAAGAUGAAGUUGCAGGCCUUGAGGUUCAAAAGGAUGGCGAAUGGAUCCUAAUAGCCCCACAACCAGGUGCUCUUGUUGUCAACAUCGGUGAUGCUCUUCAGGUCCUUACCAAUGAUAAAUUCAAGAGUCCAACGCAUAGGGUGUUGAGACCUAAUGGAAGAUCAAGGAAUUCAUUUGCAUUCUUCUACAGUUUGUCAGGGGACAAGUUGGUUCAACCACUACCCCAGUUUACAAAGGAGAUUGCAGAAAAACCAAAGUACAGACCAUUCUUGUACAAAGAGUAUAUACAGAAAAGAAAAGAAAACAAGUCUAAGCACGUUACCAGGCUUGAAGACGAGAUUACCAUAUCGCACUAUGCAAUCCCCGAGGAGUGAUGUUAGACAAAAAAUAAAAGCUCUCUUGUUUGCUUCUGGAAUUUUCAAAUUCAAUAGCAUUUCCCCUCUUGCGGUAAUCUUUCUGAUAGUCAGUGGGGCAAGCCUUUUCUCUAGUGACUCGCCCUCCAGUUCAACUUUCGAUUCUUCUAUUUUUCUUUUGGCCAUAUUUUGAGAUUGUUUGAUUCAUUCGAAUAUCUUGGACAAGAUAAACUUGCAAAUUACUUCAUAUGGUAUCAGAGAGUAGAAUGUUCAUAGACCA